ACUUCAGCUCAAGAAGCAUGGGACCAAGCCUUUACAUGUUGCUUUUAGAUUUUUGUUCAGAAUACAUGACGUGUCCAUAAUAAAAUGCCCAGCGAUGACACACGGCUCCAACUACUACUAACUAUCACAUGGAAUUCUGAAAGAGACUUGGGAAGUUUCGGUUCAUGGUGAGUCACCACAGUACUCGUGGUCACCAGCGCGGGGAUAGAGACGCCAGUCACGCCACCCUCCCAGCACUGUGCUGUGAAUGAUUGCCGCGAUGCAGGCAGGCUAUUCGUCCAAGGAAUAGGAUCGUAGUAGGAACACUUUAGAGAACAGGUGGUCGGUAAAACGUUAACGUUUAGACGGUAUGAAGAGACGAUGAAGAUUAUUGCUGUCUGCUUGUUUGGAAUACAAUCUUUUUGACACCAAAGGAAAUUCAUAAUUGGAACAUCUACAAAGUAUUGAGGAAUACACCUCAACGGAAGUACAUCGGGAUUCGGGAACUAAUAUGAAAGUGACAGUGUGUUUUGGGAGGACCAGGGUGGUUGUUCCUUGUGGCAAUGGAACUAUUAAAGUCCACAGUCUUAUCGAGCAAGCCGCCAUGAGAUAUAAAAAGGCUAUUGCGAAGGAUCCUGGCUACUGGCUACAGGUGCACAGGUUGGAGCAUGGGGACGGAGGCAUACUGGAUCUGGACGACACACUGUGUGAUGUGGCCGAUGAUAAAGACAGGCUGGUGGCAGUGUAUGAGGAGCAGGACCCUCACCAUGGAGGCGAUGGCACCAGUGCCAGCUCAACGGGCACACAGAGCCCUGAGCCCUUCACUGCCGUCGCAGAGCUCAACUCCAGCAACAUGUCCGCCUUCCAGCCCUACCAGACCAGCAGCGAGAUAGAGGUCACCCCCUCCGCCCUGCGCAGCAACAUGCCUCUCCAUGUUCGGCGCAGUAGCGACCCCUCUCUGGCAGGCCUUCCCCUGGGUGACCCACAUACAGCACCGGAGGAACCAUCCCGUAAGAACCCCACACGAUGGUCCACCACGGCAGGCUUUCGCAAGCACAACCACCACCACAGCCACAGCCAAAACACUGGGACCAACAGCCUGGAACGCAAGGGUAAGGAUGUAGAUGCGUACCGGAGUCUCCCUCGUGAUUCAGCAGCUUGGGCCACCCAGUUCCAGAGAGAGACUGCCCGCUCCUCACUCAGCGCCAACCACCCCAUGGUGGACCGCUGGCUGGACAGACAGGAUCAGGAGGAGGAUGAGGAAGAGGAGAGGGUGAAGGAGGAAGAGAGGAAUGGGAGAAUAGAGCCGGUGGGGAGAGCAGACUCCUGUGUGGAACACUCCCCAACGUUAUCUCUGAAUGACAUGCUAAAGCUGGUAGAGGUGUCCAAUGUCGGCGGGCCUCUGGGGAUCCACGUUGUGCCUUUCAGUGCCACGGACAGAAGGACCCUUGGGUUGUUAGUGAAGCGUCUGGAGCGUGGGGGCAAGGCGGAGCAGGAAGGUCUCUUCCAGGAGAAUGACUGUGUCGUCAAGAUUAAUAACGGGGAUCUGAGGAACAUUCGAUUUGAACAAGCCCAGAACUUGUUCAGGCAGGCCAUGCGUUCUCCUGUCAUUCGGUUCCAUGUGGUCCCAGCCUCCAUGAAGAGCCAGUAUGAGCAGCUCUCCCAGGAGGAGCUUAGCCCCCCAUGUCCGAGGGGGGAGAGGGGUAACCGGGGAAGCUUCACCUCCAGCCAGGCCUCGGACCCCCAGGCCCCGCAGCCCGGGGAAAGGGGUAGUCUGGUGGUCCACGGGGGGGUGGGGUUGGACCACAACCCACAGAGGAUGUCCUCCAGGUCAAGACCACACCCCAUUCCCAUCCCCAACAUCAAACACCAGAACCAUGGUCCUCUACCACAGCGUGUACCAGACCAGCGCUUCUCCACCUCGCUACCUCACAGCGGAAGCAACAACGUCUCCUCGGCCCCCUCUCCAUCCCUGCAGAGGAAAGUCAGUGCCAACCCUACUGCAGGCUACUUCAAGAAAACAGGCCGGAGACUUAACAUCCAGCUGAAGAAAGGUCCUGAGGGUCUUGGAUUCAGCAUCACAUCACGUGACGUCCCCAUAGGAGGCUCCGCCCCCAUCUAUGUCAAGAACAUCCUGGCUCGGGGCGCUGCUAUCCAAGAUGGCCGCCUGAAGGCUGGCGACCAGCUGCAAGAGGUGAAUGGGGUAGACCUGAAUGGGAGGAGUCAGGAGGAGGUGGUGGCUCUACUCAGGGUCACCCCCAUGGGAGGAACAGUCAGUCUGCUAGUCCUACGCCAAGAGGACUCCUAUCUACCUAGAGAAGUGAAGUCAGAAGAAGAGGACCUGGUGUUGACCCCAGAUGGUACCAGAGAGUUCCUGACCUUUGAGAUCCCUCUGAGUGACUCGGGGUCGGCAGGUCUGGGGGUCAGCGUCAAGGGCAACCGCUCCAAGGAGAACCACGCCGACCUGGGCAUCUUUGUCAAGUCCAUCAUCAACGGAGGAGCCGCCUGCAAGGAUGGCCGACUGAGAGUCAACGACCAGCUGAUUGCCGUCAAUGGCGAGUCGUUGCUAGGGACGCCCAACCAGGAUGCCAUGGAAAUGCUUCGCCUGUCCAUGUCGACGGAGGGCAACAAACGAGGGAUGAUCCAACUCAUCGUUGCCAGAAGGGUUGCCAAGAGCAAUGAGGAGGUCCCAGGAAGCUCACGGGUGGAGGAGCAGCCUCUGACAGACACUCUGGACGACCAUGAGCGCCACAUCUCCCACUCCAUGUUCGGGACCAUAGAGUGCAUGGACGACCAGCCCUCCAUGCCGCCACGCAAUGUCAUGAUGGGGCCGCGCAUGAUGGGUAACUACCAGCUGUCUCCGACUGUGAACAUGCCCCAGGACGACACCGUCAUGAUCGAAGAUGAUAGGCCACCUGUGGUCCCCGCCCACAUGUCUGACCAAUCAUCCUCCAGCUCCCACGAUGACAUGGGCUUUGCUGCAGAUAACCCGGGGACUUGGGCCCAGGACGUGCCAAACCAAAAUGAGUGCUCCCUCAGUCCGGACACAGAAGAUCCGGAAGAUUCCUUUCAGAGGGAGGGGUUUGGACGCCAGAGCAUGUCAGAGAAACGCACCAAACAGUUUGGCGACAAUGCAAAUCAGCUUGAGAUCAUCAAGACGCGCAAGUCCAAGAGCAUGGACCUAGUAUCAGACGAGUUUAACUCCCACCUCACCCCGAGCACAGAAAACAUGGAAGGCUCUUCGACAGGAGAAACAAUUGGUCCCUCUCUGGGCUUGAAGAAGUCCAGCUCCCUGGAGAGCCUCCAGACUGCCGUUGCCGAGGUUACACUCAACGGGGAAAUUAACCUCCACAGGCCACGCCCACGAAUCAUCAGGGGGCGGGGCUGCAACGAGAGCUUCCGGGCAGCCAUCGACAAAUCAUAUGACAGGCCAGGAGUAAUCGUUACUGCUAUGGAAGAGUGUGACCUGAAGGGAAUGGAGACAUUGGAGGAGGACACCGAGGGGAGUUCUCGGUCAGGCCGGGAUUCCAUAUCUACGGCCACCGACCUGACCCUGCCACCCGGCAACUCUGUAACCAUGGAGAGGCAGGUGAAUGGCAACGGCGAUAAAAAGAGGGUGAAGAGCGUGAGGGACAAGAAGAAGCCUGAGAGAGAUAAAGAAAAGGAGAAAGAAAAAAACAAAGCCAAGAAAGGGUUGCUGCUGAAGGGCCUGGGAGAUAUGUUCAGGUUUGGGAAGCACCGCAAUGGAGACAAGAUGGAGCAUAAGGGGUCGAGUAAAUCUAAGAUGGAGGACACACAGGCGUCUGAGGAGGAGAUGCUACGGAUGAAACUGGAGCAGGAGAGGAUCCAGGCGAAGACGAGGGAGUUCCGUGAACGUCAAGCGUCGGUGGCGAGGGAGAGGGAGUACGCUGAGAUCCUGGACAUCAACCCCAAUCUGAACUGCACGUUUAGCUCCAACGAGGACGAGGAGCACCCCUACGCGGGCAUCGGCUCCCUGGACGGGUCAUCCGAAGACAGCAGACAGGAGCCCCUCCAAGGGCCCCAGCCCCCCCAGGACAGCGGUCCAGACCAGCCCGACCUGGAAGCCCUGUAUGCCCAGGUCAACAAGCCUCGCAACGGACACCCUCCCUCAGCUGACAGCAACCGACUGGCGCCUAGUAACCAUGACCGGAUACGGCGCCUGAGGGUUGAGUUCCAGCAGGCCAGAGGAGAGGAGGACCCUGAUGACCGACGGCGCACAUACAGCUUCGAGCAGCCCUGGGCUAACUCGGGGACCUAUAGCCUGACCGGACACCAAUCUGUGUCUGUGGAGUCACAGGUGCAGAGACCGAGACAAGACAAGAGACGAGACUCAUUUACACAGGCUCAAAGACAGUACAGUUCCCUGCCACGGCAACCUCGUAAGACCCCCAGCACAGUGUCCCAGGAGUCGUGUGACAAAGCCUUCCCGCCGGGCGAGGUCUUCCAGACGGCUAAGGAGAACCCCCGCUACUCCAGCUACCAGGGCUCCAGGAAUGGCUACCUGCACAGCGGGGCCAGUGGCUUCAACGCCCGCGUCCUGCUGGAGACCCAGGAGCUGCUGAGGCAGGAGCAGAGACGCAGGGAGCAGUCUGAGGCCAAGAUGAGGCUUCCGCCGCCACAGGAGGGGGUCCCUGUCACCAACACCGGCUAUGAUGACAUUCACCCAGCCCCGACUCCAACCCUUCCCCAGGAUCCAGUCCUGACCCAGGCCCCGAUCCCUGUCACAGCCACACCCAAGGGCCCGUACCGCCAGGAUGUGCCCCCCUCUCCAUCUCAGCUGGCCAGGCUCAACAGGCUGCAGGGCUCAGAGAAAGGACGUCCAUUUUACUCCUGAGGGGCAAAGGAGGGAUAAGAGGAACUGAAGGAUGGAGGAGGGGUUGAUGGUUAUCACCAGCAAUAAUAUAAGAGAGUCUGGAUCUUUUUAAAGUCCGCUAGAUAUCUUUGAAUGGUUUCAACACAGAGGUUUAAUUAAUUGUAUUUCUAUGUUGGUGUUUUUAUAACAAACUUUACAGUCAGGAUUCUAUUCACCCCAAUCACCAGUUGUCUGGUCUGUGUCUGCCAUCGUGAUCUUCCCACUUUAAGUGCCUUGUGGGAAGACUGUCCUGCCUUAAAGGUCGAAUGCAGCCGUUUUAAUCUCAAUAUCAAAUCAUUUAUGGGUAACAAUAAAGUACGUUACUGUGAUUGUUUUAAAUUAAAAUGGUCAAAAAGAAACUAAAAUAACUUCUUAGUAAAGAGCAAUUUCUCAAACAAGAAUUUUGAUAGGGAGUGGUCUGAGUGUGGAGAGGAAAACAGAAAACUAGCUGUUAUCGGCAGAGGAGUUUGGAACUCUUUCUUAUUGGUCUAUUAACUAAUUUACCGCCUGGCGAUGUCACCAGGCAGGUCAAAACUCCAUCCCACUAAAGCAGGCUGAAAUUUCAGCCGGUCUUUUCAAACAGUUCUUGCACUGAAAGGGCAUUAUCAUAAUUUUCACAAUUUCACAGCAUUAUUCCAAAAUAGUGUGUGAGCUUGUGUGGUUUACCACUUUGCUGUGUGAGCUUGUAUGGCCUACCAAAUCACGUUUUUGGCUGCACUGGGCCUUUAAGAGUCUAGUCCUCACCCUUCCUGUGGCUUGUGUAUUUGGACACCUUCAACGUCCUGCAUUGUAUCUACAAAACAUUCUGUCAAUCAGCACCCCACAGUAUUUUCACCCACAUAUCAUGAGAAACUUCUGACGCAAGUGUAUACUCCCAAGUAUUUGUGUUUGACCUAGAUUGUGUUUGGGUGUGUUUCUGUAGGGUUCUAUAUGCUGCUGUCAGCAUGUGCUGACAUAAAGAGCACUGGGUUAACCAGCAUGUCCGAACUCUGGGGUAAGACAACCUUACAGUUCCCAGCUACACUACAGAGGAAAACCUCCCCCCCGGUCUAUGACACCCUUCUUAUUUAAACUCAGCCUCGUAUGCUCUCUCUCUCUCUCUCUCUCUCUCUCUCUCUCUCUCUCUCUCUCUCUCUCUCUCUCUCUCUCUCUCUCUCUCUCUCUCUCUCUCUCUCUCUCUCUCUCUCUCUCUCUCUCUCUCUCUCUCUCUCUCUCUCUCUCUCUCUCUCUCUCUCUCUCUCUCUCUCUCUCUCUCUCUCUCUAGCAAACACAUUUUAUCCUCUAGCCUUGUUUUUGUUCUCCUUUCUUUUGUAGUUCUCCUCCUCUCCUCCUCAACCAGAGGUAGACCUUUAGAUCUCAUUUCACUGUGGGGUUUCAGGCUGGGUUUCUGUAUACGCACUUUUUGACAUCUACUGAUGUAAAAAGGGCUUUAUAAAUACAUUUGUUUUGACUUGAUUUGAACUCCUGUCGUCUGGGGGAUUCAUCAGUAUAAACGAGGUCAGGGUUGGGUUAUUAAUUGAUGUAGCUCAUGAAACAUGUAUCUGUGUUGUGUCUGGGCGGCGCUAGUGAGGGGGUGGUGGUGGAUGGGUUAGAGGUAGAGUGGGAGGGUUAGGGUGUGUGUGUGUGUGUGUGCCAUGGUGUUUCUGCCUGACUGUUUGGCCGUUGCCUUGGCUGAGUCACUGUAACUAAAGCCAGUCUGUAACCAGUCUGUCCUGACCCAUCCGACUGACUGCUGCUCCACAUUUUUCAUUAAGUUGGUUACCGGGAAACCACAUACUGUUCACUACAACGUUCCUAAACAGCGUCACAUACAGCCUCACAGCAUGACUGUCUGUCUUUUCCGAGGCCCAGCUAAAAAAACAAUCUCUGUUUCAUUUCAUUUCAUUCUACUACCGUUUAUAAGUAGUCAAUACUGUCGUAAUUCAUGUUUUAACUACCAUUGCCAUAUUUUUUUCUCAUCUGUGUGUGGGUGAGAAUGUGUGUGUGUGUGUGUUUGGUUGGGUGGGUUUGUGGGUGUGUGCGUAUGGGUGUACUGUUAACAGUGCCUGUAAUGUGAUGCCUCCCAUGUCUUUGAAUAUACCUUGGCAGAGGUUGAAACAAUAGGUGUCAGUGAAACGGCAAUAGGAGAGGAGUGAAGCGAAUAAGACAAGUGGGAGGUGUGAACGAGGCAGUCUGUAAGGGUAGAUUGACCCGACUGGUGAUGUAUUCUAUUGCUUCCUCAGAAGUAUUCCACUGAGCCGCUGGAACAGACCAGGGCUGGAGAAAAGGCACAUUUGACAUUUCCAUACUUCCAUAUUCACGCUCUCUCUUUCGCAAUUUUUGAAUCGCUCCCUCUCUUGCUUUCUCUCUCUUUCGCUCUUCGUCUCUCUCUCUCUCUCUCUCUCUCUCUCUCUCUCUCUCUCUCUCUGUCUGUUUGCCUCUUUUCCUCUCUUUCACACUCUCUCACCAUAGUUUUAUAUGCUUCUCAAUAAGUGAUAUUGCCCUCCGUUCCAAACAUAUUGCUACCGUAUUACUCCUUUCUCUGCUUUUUAAUGUGGUUCUAAGUCUUUUCUGGGUUGUAAGGAGGAGGAGUCGGGGGAAGGGGGAGAAUAUUCUAACCAAACAGCUGGUUUUGGUGCUUGAUGUUUCCACAGUGUUCCACACGUUAGACUUAGAAGUGGAUCAAGUGCCUGCCAUAUCCAACAAGUCAUAUAUUUUUUUUGUAUAGCAAAUAUUACGUCAUGCACAUUUUCAUUCAUUUUUUUAUUUUAUGCGUUUAAGACCUUUGUUUGUGUCGUCUGUCUUAUUGACACAUUGAUUGCAUUGUUUUGCCUGCCACAAAGCUAUUGUUUUAAUCAUGAGAGAAAAAUAGUAAUCCUACACGAUGUAUUUUUAUGACUGUUCCUUGUCAUCUUUUAUAAACGGUAAUUAGGUACUAUCUAUGGUGUUUUCCCAAUGACUUAUGUAAUAAGAACAGUGUGAUUGGUUUAUAAGAAUUGUACCUGGUGUAUUAAAAACUCUAUACAGCCUCUGUCUCUGUACUGUACAUAUCACAUUUGACUAAAUAAAUAAAUAUGGAAGGCUGCUUCCUUCCUGGUUACAACUAA